UAUUUAUCCAUUUUCCAAAGCUACAAAAGAAGGGAUCAGCUGAAGACAAAUUACCUAUAGAAAAAAUCAAGUGAUUAAUAAUUCCUGGUCCAUAUUACAAGAUUAGAUAUUAUUCUUGGUUGCUCCAUAUAAUUCAAGCAUAAAAAUCUAUUAUUUGCUAAACAGACAUCAGUUUGUGAGUGUCCAUCACAAGGAAAAGCAAAAGAAUGGGUAAAGGAGGGAAAUCUCAUCAAGAAGGUGAAGAAAACAUGGCUGCUUGGCUUGUGGGUCUUAACACCCUCAAAAUUCAACCUUUCAAGCUCCCUCCUCUAGGACCCCAUGAUGUAAGAGUUAGGAUGAAAGCUGUUGGCAUCUGUGGAAGUGAUGUUCACUUUCUCAAGACACUGAGGCUUGCAGAUUUUGUGGUGAAAGAACCAAUGGUGAUAGGGCAUGAGUGUGCUGGGAUCAUAGAGGAGAUUGGAAGUGAAGUCAAGAAUUUAGUGCCUGGUGACCGAGUGGCAUUGGAACCAGGGAUUGGUUGCUGGCGAUGUGAUCUUUGCAAGGAAGGUCGAUACAAUAUAUGCCCUGAUAUGAAGUUUUUCGCCACUCCACCGGUUCACGGUUCUCUUGCCCGUCAGGUAGUGCAUCCUGCAGACCUGUGUUUCAAGCUGCCAGACAAUCUAAGCUUGGAAGAAGGAGCUAUGUGUGAGCCCUUAAGUGUAGCGGUUCACGCUUGUCGCCGAGCUAAUAUCAGUCCAGAAACCAAUGUGUUGGUCAUGGGAGCAGGACCAAUAGGUCUCGUUACACUUGUGGCAGCUCGUGCUUUCGGGGCACCUAGAAUUGUCGUUGUAGACGUGGACGACUAUCGACUAUCUGUUGCUAAUAACCUCGGUGCCGAUGGAGUUGUUAAAGUCUCAACAAAUAUGCAGGACAUACCCCAAGAAGUUGAAAGAAUAUGUGAAAUGAUGGGAGCAGUAGGAGUGCAUGUAACCUUUGACUGUGCAGGCUUUAACAAAACAAUGUCGACUGCUUUGAGUGCCACUCGAGCCGGUGGCAAGGUUUGCCUUGUUGGAUUAGGCCAUAACGAGAUGACCGUCCCACUUACACCAGCUGCUGCUAGGGAGGUUGAUAUUAUUGGGAUAUUCCGGUAUAAGAACACUUGGCCUUUGUGCAUUGAGCUUCUAAGAAGUGGUAAGAUUGAUGUGAAGCCAUUGAUAACUCACAGGUUCGGGUUUUCCCAGAAAGAGGUUGAAGAAGCUUUUGAAACUAGUGCUCGCGGUGGCGAUGCCAUUAAGGUCAUGUUCAACCUGUGACUUUCAACAAGAUAAAAACAUAGUGGAAACUAUCUAUAUGCUGGACUCUUGUUAUAAACUCUGACUGUAUAUGUAAUAAAGUUGAUGGUUUUGAA